AUGGACGCUCUUGACGAGAUUCGAAAGCGCUACCACCUUGCGCCGCCCACGUUUGCAAACAUCUGCAAGAUUGGCACGCAGCCUGAGCGAAGUACCAUCUUCCAGACCUCUUGCACAGCGAUAGAGCUUCAAACCUUUACAAUACGACCCGCCGAGCGAAAUUGGCUGAGACACAUCAACGAGCACACAUGCAUUCCGUAUCCGAUUCGCGAGCCGGUGACGGAGCCGUGGCACAAGGCGUCUCUUCUCGUCCAGAUCGAUCUAUCUGGGCAGCCGUGGCCGACCAAGAUCACGCAGGCCACCCGCAAAGAGCUCCACGGGGACCUAAUGCGUAUAUAUCUUGUCUUUGACCAAGUCCUGCGCUGCAUCAUUGACGUGCUCGGCCACCGCGGCGACGGCCGCGGGGUCAGCGUGGGCCUCGACGUGCUCCGCAGCCUGCACGCCAGGGUCUGGGAGGGCAGCGGCGGCAGCGGCAGCGGCAUGGAGCUGCUUCAAAUCGAUGGCAUCGGGACGGCGAGGCUCAAGAAACUCGGCGAGGCAGGCGUGCGGACGGUCCGGCGUCUGGCGGGCCUCGAGUGCUACCACAUUGAGCGCCUGAUGAGUCGGAAUCCGCCAUAUGGACAGACACUGCUUCGGCAGGUGGCGAGAUUUCCGCUUCUUACGCUUGUGGUGGAGAGCUUGGGCGAGAAUAGGACGCCUUUGGAGGGUGACGGCGGGCUGUGGAUGGUCGGCGUAGUGAUGGGAUACGAGAACGAAGCGCUGCCGGUGUGGAAGGGAAAGACGCCGUGGGUGUCGUGCGUGAUAGAGAGUCGAGAUGAGAAAGACAAUGGCAGGCUGGUCUGGUUUUGGCGUGGGAGCGUCAAGAGGCUGGAGGGCGAUGGCGGUCGUGGGAAAGAAGUUGUGGUGGGCGUGACAGGCUAUCAAGGUUGUAAGCUGAGGGUGACAUUGGCGUGUGAGGUUUUGGUGGGUACCAUGCUGCAUAAGGACUUUGAGCUUUGA